CCACAGGUCCUGUUCCACAGCAGCGAUCCCUCACACACACGGACAGAGGCGACCUACGACUAACAACCACCGAAGCAUUCAGGGCCUCCGGCAGGAUGUUAGACGUCGAGAAUUUUCUGUGGUGUCGCUCAGCUCAGCCUCAGCAGGGCGGGAUGGAGAUCAGAACCGAGUGACACUGAAUUUGGACCCCAAAGGUCAUUGUGACGACCGCUUUUCUGAAUAAUUCAACACUCGGCUCGAGACUGGCAAAAAAAUGAAGAGGGAAGCACUGAUGGUUUGGAUCAGCCUUUUGGUGCAAGUGUCACAUUGUGCUCAGGGUCAGUAUGCCCGCAAACUUCUGAAUGACCUGAUGGAGGACUACUCCAAUGCUCUGAGACCCGUAGAUGAAACAGAUAAAGCCCUGAAUGUCUCCCUGCAGGUCACGCUGUCACAGAUCAAAGAUAUGGAUGAGAGGAACCAGGUGCUAACCACCUACCUGUGGAUCAGGCUGGUGUGGUACGACGCCUACCUGAAGUGGGACAAGGAGGACUACGACGACUUGGAGAUGAUAAACAUCCCUAGUGACCUGGUUUGGAAGCCGGACAUCGUCCUGUACAACAAAGCGGAUGAGGAGUCGUCGGGUGAAUCCAGCACCAACGUGAAGCUGCGUUAUAACGGAGAGCUGGUCUGGGACUCCCCGGCCAUCACCAAGAGCACAUGUGUGGUGGACGUGUCCUACUUUCCCUUUGACUGGCAAUCCUGCAAUCUCACCUUUGGUUCCUGGACCUACAACGGCAACCAGGUGGACAUCAGUUUGGGCAUGGACAGUGGUGACCUGUCUGACUUUGUGGAGAACGUAGAGUGGGAGUGUCACGGCAUGCCGGCAGUUAAAAACGUCAUGAUGUACGGCUGCUGCUCGGACCCUUACACAGAAAUCACCUACACCCUGCUGCUGAAGCGCCGCUCCUCCUUCUACAUCUUCAACUUGCUGCUGCCGUGCUUCCUCAUCUCGUUCCUGGCGCCGCUGGGCUUCUACCUGCCGGCCGACUCGGGGGAGAAGGUUUCCCUGGGGGUGACGGUGCUGCUGGCGCUCACUGUGUUCCAGUUGCUGGUGGCUGAGAGCAUGCCUCCUGCAGAAAGCAUGCCUUACAUAGGGAAGUACUACAUCGCCACCAUGACCAUGAUCACAGCCUCUACAUCCCUCACUAUCUUCAUCAUGAACAUUCAUUUUUGUGGUGCUGAAGCCAAACCCGUCCCUCACUGGGCGAAGGUGCUCAUUAUCGACUACAUGUCGAAAAUCUUUUUCGUCUAUGAAGUGGGGGAGAACUGCACAACGCCAGAGAGCAAGAGGACUCCACUGUACCCAGAGGAACCCCUGGGUUACUAUCACGACGACCCCUUCCAUGACAGCUACUUCCAUCACGACAGUGACCCGUACAAGUACAGCAAUGGCCACGGCGUGCAUCAGCACGACGAGCAUCAUAAAAAGCAGGCGAAUGGCAACGCCGGCGACAGGAACCAACAUUACAACAACCAUAACGGUCACACUUCCACGCCGGGUGUAGGUGGGACAAAGCAAGAGCCCACGCAGCACUACCACCACAUCCGGAGGGAUGAACUGGACUACGAGGCCCCGCCGGAGCCAUCGAACCUUCAGCAGCUCAACGGGGGUCUCAAGGAGCAGAUGUUCUACCCCUCAGAGAAGCAGGAGGUCCCAGCCUGCCCGUGCUGCUGCCCAUGCCUCCAACACAAGCAGGUGGUGUGGAACAUCCAGUUCAUCGCCAACUGCUUCCGUGAGCAGAGAGCCACGUGUGCGAAGGUGGCAGAGUGGAAGAAGGUUGCCAAGGUGAUGGAUCGGUUUUUCAUGUGGAUCUUUUUCUUCAUGGUGUUUCUCAUGAGCAUCCUCAUCAUUGCCAAGGCAUCCUGACAGCUUCAUAAUCAUCUCUUUGCUGGCAUGAAUCCUCGGUGAUACUCAUUCCUACUUUGAAA